AUGCACUACACCUCUUGGCGAUUCGCUCUGGCCAUCCUCGCCCUGCUCAACGGCCUGGCCGCUGCCGGGCGUAUGCACGAGCGAGCGCGACGCAAGGGCUUUGCAGAAGGGCUUGUCAAUGACUUGAAGACCAGGGCUUCCUACCAGCCGAGGAACCACACCGACUUCAGGUUCCUUUCGGACGCGACCAAAGAGUUCCAGGUCAAGGCACUGCCCGACAUCCCCUUUGACGUCGGCGAGCUCUAUUCCGGGGUCAUCCCCAUCGACGAGAGCGAGCCGGGCCGAGGCUUGUUUUUCGUCUUUCAGCCCACGGUGGGCGAGCCCGUCGACGAGGUCACCAUCUGGCUGAAUGGUGGCCCUGGCUGCAGCUCCCUCGAGGGCUUCCUCCAGGAGACGGGCCUCUUCAGUUGGCAAUGGGGCCAAUACACACCGCUGAUCAACCAGUACUCCUGGGUCAACCUCACCAACGUAUUGUGGGUAGAGCAGCCGGUCGGGACCGGCUUCUCCCAGGGCGAGGUCAGAGCGACUAGUACGGCAGACGUGGCCAAGGACUUUGUCGACUGGUUUCUCAACUUCCAGAAAACCUUUGGCAUCUGCAAGUUCAAGAUAUACGUCACCGGGGAGAGCUAUGCAGGCAUCUACGUCCCCUACAUCUCGGGCGAGAUGCUCGACCGGAACGAUACCGACCGGUUGGAUGUUCGCGGCAACCUCAUCUACGACCCCUGCAUCGGCUCCUUCGUCUACACGCAGGAACAGGCGGUCGCGGUGCCCUGGGUCCAGCAGAACAACAACAUCCUGGGGCUCAACCAGACCUUCCUCGCCGAGCUCGAGCAGCGCGACAAGUCCUGCGGCUACGCUGCAUAUCGUGAGCAAUACCUGACCUUUCCGUCCUCGGGCCUGCAGGAGCCCAAGUACUUCAACCAUAGCGCCGACACCGGCUGCGAUCUAUGGUCGCUCGCGCACGAUGCGUGCUUCCGCACAAACCCGUGCUUCAAUGUCUACGAGCCCAAUCUGCAGUGCCCGCUUCUCAGCGACCCGCUGGGGUACCCGACCGACUUGCAGUAUGCAUACCCGGGCCUUCCAGUCUACUUCAACCGCACCGACGUCAAGGAGGCGAUGCACGCCCCUGCUGACGUCGACUGGGUCGAGUGCGCCCCCAAGCCCGUGUUUGUCGGCGACGGAGGUCCCGAGGACGAAGGAGACCUGUCCCCGGACCCGAUCCAGCAUGCCCUGCCCCGCGUGAUUGAGGCCACCGGACGGGUGCUCAUCGCCAACGGCGCCCUCGACUUCGAUAUCAUCACCAACGGGACGCUCAUUGCCAUCCAGAACAUGACCUGGGGUGGCACCCGCGGUUUCCAGCAGCAGCCUAGCAAGCCGAUCGUCAUCACCUUGCCGGAUCUGCAGUACCGGCCCGCGUUUGAGGCAAACGGCUUUGGUCCCAUCGAAGAACCGAUGGGCACGAUGGGUGUUCAGCAUUUCGAGCGGGGGCUGAUGUGGGCCGAGACUCUCCUCAGCGGGCAUAUGGAGCCGCAAUUCCAGCCCCGUGUCGCCUAUCGGCACCUCCAGUGGUUGUUGGGUAGGAUUGAAGAGCUCUGA